UCAUCCUUUGCAAAUUGGGGGAAGGGAACCAAUCAAGUCACCAAGAAGUUCCCGAAACUUGGUUUAGUAUUAAGGUUCUUCUCUUCCAGCGUUUAGUAUUCAAGUUCUUCUCUUCCAGCCCCCCGGCCCCUCUUUGAUAAGGAAAGUUUGCAUUUCUCAAAUAAAAAAUGACAAAUAUGGUUCAAUGGCUCUUCUCUACUAACCACAAGGAUAUUGGGACUCUCUAUUUCAUCUUCGGUGCCAUUGCAGGAGUGAUGGGCACAUGCUUCUCCGUACUGAUUCGUAUGGAAUUAGCCCGACCCGGCGAUCAAAUUCUUGGUGGGAAUCAUCAACUUUAUAAUGUUUUAAUAACGGCUCAUGCUUUUUUAAUGAUCUUUUUUAUGGUUAUGCCGGCGAUGAUAGGUGGAUUUGGUAAUUGGUUUGUUCCGGUUCUGAUAGGUGCACCUGACAUGGCAUUUCCACGAUUAAAUAAUAUAUCAUUCUGGUUGUUGCCACCAAGUCUCUUGCUCCUAUUAAGCUCAGCCUUAGUAGAAGUGGGUAGCAGCACUGGGUGGACAGUCUAUCCGCCCUUAAGUGGUAUUACCAGCCAUUCUGGAGGAGCAGUUGAUUUAGCAAUUUUUAGUCUUCAUCUAUCAGGUAUUUCAUCAAUUUUAGGUUCUAUCAAUUUUAUAACAACUAUCUUCAACAUGCGUGGACCUGGAAUGACUAUGCAUAGAUUACCACUUUUUGUGUGGUCCGUUCUAGUGACAGCAUUCCUACUUUUAUUAUCACUUCCGGUACUGGCGGGGGCAAUUACAAUGUUAUUAACCGAUCGAAACUUUAAUACAACCUUUUUUGAUCCUGCAGGAGGGGGAGACCCAAUAUUAUACCAGCAUCUCUUUUGGUUCUUCGGUCAUCCAGAGGUGUAUAUUCUCAUUUUGCCUGGAUUUGGUAUUAUUAGUCAUAUCGUAUCGACCUUUUCAAGAAAAUCGGUCUUCGGGUAUCUAGGCAUGGUUUAUGCCAUGAUAAGUAUAGGUGUUCUUGGAUUUCUAGUUUGGGCUCAUCAUAUGUUUACUGUGGGCUUAGACGUUGAUACGCGUGCCUACUUCACCGCAGCUACCAUGAUCAUAGAUGUGCCCACAGGAAUCAAAAUCUUUAGUUGGAUCACUACCAUGUGGGGAGGUUCGAUACAAUACAAAACACCCAUGUUAUUUGCUGUAGGGUUCAUCUUUUUGUUCACCAUAGGAGGGCUCACUGGAAUAGUUCUAGCAAACUCUAGGCUAGACAUUGCUCUACAUGAUACUUAUUAUGUGGUUGCACAUUUCCAUUAUGAACUUUCUAUGGGAGCCGUUUUUGCUUUAUUUGCUGGAUUUUACUAUUGGGUGGGUAAAAUCUUUGGUUGGACAUAUCCUGAAACUUUAGGCCAAAUCCAUUUUUGGACCACUUUUUUCGGGGUUAAUCUGACCUUCUUUCCCAUCCAUUUCUUAGGGCUUUCGGGUAUGCCACGUCGCAUUCCACAUUAUCCAGAUGCUUACGCCGGAUGGAAUGCUCUGAGCAGUUUUGGUUCUUAUAUAUCCGUAGUUGGGAUUCGUCGUUUCUUCGUAGUUGUCGCAAUCACUUCAAGCAGUGGAAAGAACCAAAAAUGUGCGGAAAGUCCUUGGGCUGUUGAACAGAAUCCAACCACACUAGAAUGGUUGGUACAAAGCCCUCUGGCCUUUCAUACUUUUGGAGAACUUCCUGCGGUAAAAGAGACAAAAAGCUAA